CACAAAUGGUGAUAGCUUGAGCGCACUUGCUAUCACUGGCAUUGUCAUCACGAGUAUACUUGUGAGCCUAGUCCUCUGUUUUGGAGUAUUGGUGCUUGUUAGUGCGAUCAAGCAACGCGCAGUUAGACAUACGCGGCCUCGCUUUACCUCGCACCAGUCGUCGGUCCGUCUAAAUAACAAUUACUUAUCAUCCACGAAUAGUAUAGCAUCCCAAUCCAGUAUGUUGGGUACGAGUACACUAUCUGUGAACCCUGAAUUCUUAAUGCAUACGAAUCACACAUCGACCCCGUCGGACAUGUCGACUUCUGAUGUGUAACGAAACGAG